AAGUAAUAGACUUCUUUCAAGAAAUAGUGAAUUUACCUCAAAAAUUAAUGGACUCCUCUCAAGAGUCAGUAGAAAUAUUAUAUGAUGAAACCCAUAAGAGACAAAAUUUGGUUGGAAUUAAUGGCCUAUUGCCUCACAUUAACAAAACAAUUGUAUUUUCUAUUGGUGAUACCUUUCCUAAUUGGCCAAUUGCAAAACAUUAUGUUUUCUAA